CUCUGUCGUCUCUAGAUCUUGAUAUUUUCCUCCUUGUUUUUUUUAUCUCAACAAUGGCGACGGAGAAUAAAGGGAAGCCAUUGCCAAAGUUUGGUGAAUGGGAUGUGAACAAUCCCGCAUCAGCAGAAGGAUUCACAGUCAUUUUCAGCAAAGCUAGUGACGAGAAGAAGACCAAGAAAGCAUCCGGCGCUGGCCCUAACAGUAUGGCUACACCUCAGAGAAACCAAAACUCUGAUCAAAACAAUCACAAUGAUUCCCAAAACCCAAAAGCUAAGAAUAAAUGGUUUUGCUUCCGUUAAAUCCAGCCAUCUUCUGAAGAAUCCGAGAAGGCGUAGCUAAGCUGAACAAGUUAGCAGAGAGAUGAUCUCAAACAAAGUGAAACAAAAGGGUUAAAGACCAUUUACAUCUCAGCUUUCUUCUUCUGUCUUCUGCUGAUAUUAAUAUUAUACUUGUUCAGUAUACUUUUUUGUUCCUUUCUUUUUAAUUUGCCUUGCCAACAUUUGUCCCCACAAUGGAUAUAAAUUGUAUCUUCUGACUCCAUCUAAAAACUUCGUUUCUGAUGGAAAUAAGAUUUUGAGACAAUAGUCCUUCUCAGACAUA